UCAAUGUGACGAGUUAAACAAUCUGUAUAUUAUUCGUUUUUACUUUGUACUAUUUUAAAGAUGUCGGUUAAGGAAGAUACUAGUGAUGAUACUUUAGAAAGCAAAUCUGAAUCGGAAAUUAAUAAAGAAUCUGUUAGUGUCGUAAAUGUUAAUGAUCAAAAAGAUAGUGAUCCGGUGGAUACUGAAUUACAAGUUGAAAGCGCUUCUCAUUUAAAAACUGUUGAUGAAAGCUUAGAGGCUCCAUUGAAUGUGCCACCACCAUCGCUUGCUGAUGCAACAUAUCCAAUUUCAAAAACAGAUGAAACUGCGGAAGGUUCACUUCCUUUCGCAAGCGAUGGUCAUGGUGGAGAUGCAACUGAACAAGAACAAAUUGUGCCCGAAGAAGAAACAGAAACGGAAAAUAUAGCUAGUGAAAAACACAAAAGUCGCAGUCCAGGCGAUAUUCAUCUUUAUCCGCUGUUUCACUUCCUACGGCACCAUUGGUUGUGCCACCAGAAAUUGUUUCUGAUGAACAGGAUGAAAUCGAAGAAAAUCACAGACAACUAAAUUCUAAUCAAGUAGCUUCUGAAAUGUUUUAUGAUCUUAUCCAAACUACUCUUAAGCCACAAGAAGAACGUACAGAAAAAAACACAGAUGAUGAUCUGUACAUUCAACUAUCGGAAAGUGAUCAAUUAGUCGCUUUUAUUGAAGCAACACUUGGUGCACUUGCUGAUGAUAUAGAAAUGGGCGAACGAGAGUAUAUCUCUCACAAAGAGGCCUACUUUGGGAUGACAUAUUUCUUUUUGCAAUUCUGUGGUUUCCGUAUAUUUUUGGCUAACAUUGACGAAGCAAUUGCAAAGAACAAGAGUCUGAAGGAACUAGCUCAUCUUAUAGUUGAAAUUGUGGAUAAUGUGGCGAAUAAUGCCGAAUAUCUCCAUUCAGAUAGUGAUCUUCCCGAACACAUAGCAAAGAACAUUAUAUGGCAAAUACUUAACUCUAAUAUGAUGCAGCGCAGGUAUAACGAACCAGGCGGGGUUGCUCAGUGGCAGGCAGCCGACAUAUUAGAUGAAAUUUUAGACACAGUCAUUGCCACUGAAGCAGAAGCAGUUAAAACAAAAUUUUUAAGCAAGCCUACGCAACAAAGCACUACUGAAAUGAAAACAUUAGAAGAACCUGAAAUCUGUCGGGAAUAUGGUGGGAUCUUCAAUGUAGCAGAACACUUCAUUUCAAGUUUAUUUGAUAAGUCGUCUCAAAUCGUAUCUCAUCAUAAUGCCAAGCGCAAGGAGAGCGAAAUCGGCAGUAGACCUUCAAUUGAGAACAGUAAACCCUUGGUGACUAAACGACAGUCGAUUCGAGCACGACUUAGCGCCAAGAGUAUGCAAAAUAUUGACAAGUCAACAAUAGCAAACCCUCCGUUGAUUUAUCCUCAAAUUGAAAAUUUUACUGAAAAGAUCGGCAAAUACGUCAUAAAUGACAUCAUAAACAAGUGGAAAACCCAAAGCCUCAAGGAAAAAUGGGCCUUUUCCAUUAAGUUCCUUAUGGGACAGAGUGAUGCGUGCAGUGACUUUUAUAUCUACGAGGCAGUUUUUGGUCUUCCUACACCAUUGUAUCCUGUGCCGCAAGCGACUUGUAGCCUGAUCUUUACCAUUGAAGUAUCGAGGGUCAAGCCGCGGGUUUGCCCCAUUAAUGUUUCGUAUAAAAUUGAGGGAAGUGGAUAUGUGUUUGUUCCAGAAGAGUAUGUAUUCCAAGAAAGUUGGUUGCUUAAUGUAAUCAAUGCAAAGAUCAGACUUUUUAGUCGAGUACAGUUUUAAAUUAAAAAAACAGAUAUAUAAUAA